AUGUAUACGAUACAUUCCGUCUUCCAUCUGAGGCGUGACAUCAGAGGAGAUCAGAAAGUGGUUACAUCACCCCCACCCAUCCUAGCUUCCCCCGUGGGUACAUCAUCUCCACCCAUCCUAGCUUCCCCCGUGGGUACAUCAUCCCCACUCAUCCUAGCUUCCCCCGUGGGUACAUCAUCUCCACCCAUCCUAGCUUCCCCCGUGGGUACAUCAUCUCCACCCAUCCUAGCUUCCCCCGUGGGUACAUCACCCCCACCCAUCCUAGCUUCCCCCGUGGGUACAUCAUCUCCACCCAUCCUAGCUUCCCCCGUGGGUACAUCAUCCCCACUCAUCCUAGCUUCCCCCGUGGGUACAUCAUCUCCACCCAUCCUAGCUUCCCCCGUGGGUACAUCAUCUCCACCCAUCCUAGCUUCCCCCGUGGGUACAUCACCCCCACCCAUCCUAGCUUCCCCCGUGGGUACAUCAUCUCCACCCAUCCUAGCUUCCCCCGUGGGUACAUCAUCUCCACCCAUCCUAGCUUCCCCCGUGGGUACAUCACCCCCACUCAUCCUAGCUUCCCCCGUGGGUACAUCAUCUCCACCCAUCCUAGCUUCCCCCGUGGGUACAUCACCCCCACCCAUCCUAGCUUCCCCCGUGGGUACAUCAUCUCCACCCAUCCUAGCUUCCCCCGUGGGUACAUCACCCCUACCCAUCCUAGCUUCCCCCGUGGGUACAUCACCCCUACCCAUCCUAGCUUCCCCCGUGGGUACAUCAUCCCCACCAAUCCUAGCUUCCCCCGUGGGUACAUCAUCCCCACCAAUCCUAGCUUCCCCCGUGGGUACAUCAUCCCCACCAAUCCUAGCUUCCCCCGUGGGUACAUCAUCCCCACCAAUCCUAGCUUUCCCUGCCCCCUUCAUCACACCCUCUAAUCUUCCUCCUCUCAUUUUCAACUAUCUCGAUUUAUCAAGGGAAUGA